CGCCAAAUAUGCGUAAUGGGCACCUUACAAAGAAAAAAAUAAAAACAUAGGUGACUUGCUCCCAUGUAUUCUUGAUCAGUUAACUGAUUCGAAAUAAAGACGUGGCUAUUUGGGCAUUGGUUUCUUUUUUUUUUUGUAAUUGGCGCUGAUCCACCUCUCAUUUCAUGACUCGUCCACGGCCCACGUCACUUACGACUGAACGUGGGGAGUCUUGGCCAAAGGAGAGAUGGAGGAGGACAUGAGCAUUAUAAAAGGAGGACAUCCAACUCUGUUUCUUUUUCAUCAUCAGCAACUCAUUCAGAUAGCCACAUUACUACCAACCUAGUAAACAACAAAAUCACUACCAUCCCAGCUACUACAGCGAUUAAAACCAACAUUCAAAACACGAUGAGCUUUUUCAAGAAACUUACAAAGGGCAAAGUGAAGCCCGGCUCGGAUAACGCAUCGGAACACAGUGACACUACCCAGCUCGUGCAAAACCAAUCAGCGGCAAAGAGCGGAGCUUCCCAAGGCAUUUACAGCUCAUCGAUCCCCUGUCCAAUGAUGUUUGAAGGCGCACGAUUGAGUUCGGUCGAUACGGAAUCUACGACAUCUACGAAAUCAAAGUCGGACAAAAAGCAAAAAGCCAAAGACCUAAAGCCCCCGCCAUUCACCGCAACAAUAUUUGUUCCGACAGCAAACCGACUAUAAAGGCAUCACCCGUAAUACCUCGAUAAUUCGAUAAAGGAUGACCUCCUACUUGUAUAAACGAAAUGAUUCGGACUAUGUAGAUAUACCUGUAUGCCAAAGGUUUGGAGUUGGAGUGGAGGGAAGGGAUAAUGGAUGGUUAAUUGAUUAGAAUGAUAUUUUUUACUCUUAGUAUUUUAUGUUACCCAUUUUUUUUUGUCAGAUUCUUUGUAUAAGUGAUUAUCAGUAAAAAUAAAGAAUAUGAAAAAAAAAAACAAAGCGGUUAGCUCCUAUUUACUGUACAAAGAGACAUAAAAG